GUUGAUUCAAGUUCUUGGUGAUCGUUCUGGCUCAGGAGAAACCCAAAUCUGGCUCCUCUGUAGAGAUGCAAAUAGUCAACUACGCGGCCUGGAUCCCCGCCGAAAACGCGGCUCUGGAAGUCGCAACAGCUCCCUUCCCGCAAAUCGGUGCCGAUGAAGUCAUCAUCAAGAAUCGUGCCGUGGCCGUCAAUCCGGUCGACUGGAAAAUCCAGAGUUGGGGCGGCUUUGGGAUCAAGUAUCCAGCCAUCCUGGGUGAAGACGUCGCCGGCGAGGUGGUCGAGGUGGGCAAGGAUGUCAAGAAGUUGUUCAAACGCGGGGAUCGAGUCAUUGCUCACGCGUUGUCGUUGGGCAAGGGAAGUGCAUAUGCCGGCUUCCAACUCUACCCUCGUCUGAAGGCCGCGACGGUGGCCAUGAUCCCUGACGAUCUGGAGUUCAAGCAUGCUGUGGUCCUGCCGCUGAGCAUUUCGACAGCCGCGUCAGGAUUGUAUCUCAAGGACACGCUGAAUCUGGAGUAUCCCCAACUGCAAAAGAAUGGCCACGGCCAUGUGGGGUUGUCAAGCUCGACUUCGACGAGUCCUCCCACUAGUCCACCAUCCGCAGAGCGAGGAUCCUGGACGAUGGUGGACGUCGACGUCGACGUCGACAAGCCGAAACCAAUCAUCCUGCUCUGGGGUGGCUCUUCCUCCGUGGGCUCAUCCGUGAUCCAGCUCGCCGUGGCAUCGGGCUAUGAUGUCGUGACGACGGCUUCACCUGCCAACUACUCGUACGUCAAGUCUCUCGGGGCCGUUUUGGUCUUGGAUUAUCACAAUCCGGACAUCGUCCCGAUCCUGGCAUCGCUGCUGAAAGGACGGUCUGUCGUCGGCGCAUACGAUGCGAUCGGGUCGGUGACAACAGUUGGCCAGUGUGCUGCGGUUCUGCAUGCCUUGGAUGGCGGCACGGUUGCGAGUGUAGGUGCUGCGCCCGACGAGUUACCACCGAAUGUCAAGGUGAGCAGGAUCUCGGGCGAAAGGAUCGUCAGCACGGAAGAUGGGAUCGUCGCGAAAAAGGUGUGGCACGAGUAUGUGUCUGCUGCGUUGCAGGAGCGGUCUCUCAAGCCGGCGCCCGAAGAGUUGGUCGUCGGUAAUGGGUUGUAUUAUGUUCAGGGCGGGCUGGACAGGCAGAAGCAAGGAGUCAGUGCGAGGAAGGUGGUUGUUACACUCUGAAAUGAAAUUGCUAAGAUGGACAUCUGUCGCGUCCUCGGAAGUACGGUUCUGUGUUCGUUUCUACGGAAAACCGAGACGUAAAAUUUCAUAUUCCUUCCCGCCCUCA